AUGACCGUAGGGCCGAUGGAGAAAACGUUGGCCGUCGCUUACUUUCUCCCGGUUAUGGUAAUCGGCAUCUCGGGUAACUCGUGGGUCAUCGUCAGCCUGAUCAGAAUCCUCUACAAGACCUGGAGUCCGAUGAACAGCGUCUUCAAACACAUGUCGCUGUACAUAUUGAGCUUGAGCAUCGCUGACAUGUGUGUAAGUCAUUUUACUUUGAAUUACUGUGUAUUAGGUUGUUAUGUUGGAGGACUUAUCCUCAGUAAGCAGAAACUGAUGCUUAAACAAUAUCACAAACAGUACCAAAAGUACGACCUUCUUACUUUACAACCUAUAAUCCUGCUUUUAGGUGUUGUGUAUGACACCGAGUGUGACCUCCUACUUCAUACUGGGAAGUUGGGAAUUAGGAUACGUUGGAUGUAAGAUCUUCUUCGCAGUAGAAAACAUCAACAAGUUACUGUCCGUCGCCAUACUGGCCGUGAUGUCAUUCGAACGGUUUCUGGUGGUUUGUCGCCCGUUUCAGUGGUUUUGUUGUAGGUAAGUGUAUCAUGAUAUAGUGGUUUUACAACAUUUAAGUGCUAUGACAUAGUAUUUAUGCGACUAAAUUAUUCCAUUUUAUAUUUUUAAAUUUUUUUUGGAAGUUAAAUUAGGGUAAUUUUAGGGAUAGAAAACAGUAAAACAAAGCCAUAAACAAGGCCCAUACCUAUAAAAAACAAAUUCUUUUGGCUGAAAAAGCGUCACGAAGUCUCUGAAAUCCUACAAAAUACUUUUACCACAACAUUUUGCUCAGUAAAACACUUUUAACACAAAUUUUUACACGGUAAAAUUCUUUUACCGCAAUAUUUUAAUUCAAUAUGAGUUGGAAUGCCAACUUUAACACUAAAAACUAUUACUUUUAUGUAAUACCUAGUAUAACAACAUGAGUAUGUAAUAACAUCAGUAAACUUUAGUCAGAAACUGUUAAUCAACUUUAAACUUUAAUUUCCUUAAAUUAACUUUUACUUUUACACGUCGAAUUGCGUGGUAAAACAUAAUAUGAUUAGGUAUUAAUUGUCUAGGACGGAGAUAUUACUGUAAUGUACUACAAUAGUAAUGAAGGUUAAUUUCUAGCUUAUUUUAGUAGCUGGCGUAGAGUAACUGAGAAUUUGGAAUUAUAUUUCUUUUAUUAACUUAAAUAGUCGUACAUGACCUGUGCACUUUAACUUUUCUUCAAUUUACAUUUUUUCACAAAUUUACAAAUUUUUGAAAUUUAAAUUUCCAAAAAUAGCUUCAAAAUUUGAUUAAAACCUCGAACAAACUGGUCUUUGGAGUAAUGUGAUGCCAGUCACGCUGUAACCCAUUUUAAGUUCAAUUAUUGAGAAACCUUUGAAGAACAUGGCACGGCGAUUAAUCAUCUUUGCCAUGGUAAUUAAGCCCGCUUAAGUUACAGUAGGGCUUCUCGUAUAAGCCUGAGUAAACAAAUUGCGAAACGUUAAUUAGCAACUUGUGGCUAAAGAUCUUCAGAAACUAAAACUUUAAAGGAAAGCCAAUUUUUUGCUCCGAACUUUGAAUUCUUUUGAAUUUACAGCGCAGUAAUAAUCUAGCACCAUGCAAGGUAAAGACUGUAAUGAAUAUUUUUUACAGUUUCUUUUGCCAAAGUCAAUUAAAAGCGCAUUACUGUAGUUUCUGAGCCAUUUUAAUACAUUUAAGCUGGCUAACAUUGUGGUGCGCUACAAUUUCUUGGUAUAUCCUUUGUUUUGUCUCUGCCUACAUAGACAUUUCAAUAUGUCUACAUUUCAAUGUCGUCUUCUGUACUUUACAUUGACAACACUAGAUUUCACUGUGAAUAUAUAUUUUAAAGCAACAGUAAAUAAUAUUAUAGUUGUUUUAAGUACGUUAGUCCUUUUGGUUUCAGUGUUUAGUUAGGUAAAUAAUUAUUAAAUUUGCCAAACCGUAUAUAACAAACCAAAACGAUAACAAAACUCUGUAGUCUGUGAUACAUCAUCCUAUUUUGUACUGUAAGAUCUUUUAACUUGCAAAAACUAGUCAUAAACAAAAAACUUGCACUGUCGUUUGUGACAAAACUUAUAAUACGUACGCUGUUUAAUUGCAAAGUUUUGCAAUAAAAAACAACAUGUUGAUACCAAGCUGUGUCAUGUCUACGUACCAUACCAAAACAUAGUAUUUUCAUAGCGUCUACGCAGUUACCCUUAUACGUGACUUCAAAUACAAUUUCACAAGUCUGCCACCGGAAACCGGUCAGUCUCCAUAGAAUUAAGUGGAAAUGUAGGGUUAAUGCUAAUCGUAAGAGGCGGAAAUUCAUCGUAUCUUGACUUAGCAUAACCACUUAUCAUAAACACAAGAUUAAGACUUGGAGUCUGCCUCAAUUUGUUUUAAUUAAUUGUGGGAAAGUCGCAACGAAUAUCAUAAUAUGGCAAUCUAGGCUAAACAACUUUUUGGAAAAUACAUUGGUAACUCCAUUUACAAAGUAAUCUUUGAAAGCCUAAAGUCUAACUCGAAAUUCAUUAUCUAAACAAUACUGUUAUUUUUCACAGAAGUCUUUACCACGAACAAUACCUGUGUAUCAUAAUCAUGUAUAGUAUUUACCGUCAUGCAACACAUAUUCUAUUGUGUUUUAUUGUAUUUGUCUUCCCACCACACAUACUAAUCUCACUGUACAAUAAAACAGUAUAAUACUAUAGCCUUGACGUUUUUGAUUUUAUACAAUCCCUACAUGUAAAAAAGCACACGCAAACAUAGUACACUGACAUUAACAGAGUACACUAUAGUUUCACGUUUAUCCAUACUUAAUAUAGUUUUAUAUUAUCCUUGACGCCAUAAGGUUUCGCAUCUUAAAAAUCGUAACAAAGCUUUUACGUCAAAUACUAUGGUUUAACAGUUACAGGGUUACAGCGUUUUCUUGAGAAGUCAUGUUUAGUUACACCAAGAUUCGAAAAGAUAACAUUAUCAUGGAUAAUAUUGGCUAGUGAAACAGGAUUAAGAUCCCUAAAUUAGCAGAAUAGGCAAGAUAAGAUGGUUUUAAACCUCAAAGAACACAUUAUACUCCCAGAAAACACACUGGUACAUUAGACAAACAUAAAAACAGCUAAAAAUGUCUUAUAAUGAAACGAUUGGUGCCUAAACGUAUCUAAACUCCAUAAUUUUCAGGCGAAAACGAGUAUCCAACGUGUUCACCGUUGUAAUCAUCUUACUAGCAGCCAUUGGAGCUCUAUGUUCUCCAAUUAUUUACUAUGCCGAAACGACAGUGGUACCAGACUACUAUAACCAAGGAGAAAACAUCACUACAUGUUCUUCUAAUCUACCCGAUGAUGUGAUGAGCGUGUUCAUCACAUACAUGUUUAUCCUGGGCUUUGUACUGCCAGUCUUAUUCAUUUCCGCCUGCUACUUCUUCCUAAUACGACAUUUACGGAAUAAAGAUGGUAAGUUUGAGGGAAUUUUAAAGUUUGAAGUCUUACUAAUUAUAAUAGUAGCGUACCGAAGUUUGGCAUCUUUGAAGUCUAAAAUAAUAUUCAUUAUAAAAACAAAACCUACAAUUUGAAUAAUUCCCUCACGAUCUCAGUAACAAUUUUAGAAAAAUUAUCAUUUUCACCGUCUUUCAAAAUACUUUUUUUUAUUUUUUCUAAAAUUGCCGAUAGCAUUAGGGCGCAGCUUGUCAAUUUUUCACAUUUCACAAUUUUAUAUCAUCAAGCAUCUACCAGCUUUAAACAAAAAUAUUCCCAGGUAAAAGCAUGUUUGUAACAUCCUACACGACCCGUGUCGUCCGUUCCAUCCUCACCGUCGUUCUGUUCCACUUUGCUUGUUGGACACCGUUCUGGGUAUUCGUCGUCGUUCCAAUGUUGUCCUACUUUGGAAUCGUGGAAUUUACAUUUCUGGAAUCGGAUUACUCUCAAAAGAUUCGGAUGUUUUCCAGCUUUCUACCUUACCUCAACUCGGCCGGGAACUGGAUCUUCUACUCUCGAGCCAUCACUCACGCCAGCUCAGCGUUAGUGAAGCCUCAUCGGCGUGUAGCGAAGCCGGCGCCCGAACGACGCGGGUUCUUGCUCAAGACAUUCGGCGACACUUUCACUAAUAACACCAAGGUUUGA